AUGACUAAUUUGAGUGAAGAAAUCAAGGGGAUCAUCCACAAGACCUUGCCAAAUCUCUCAGAAGAGACUCAGUUACAGAUAAUUUCUAAACUUCAGAGUUCUGGCUUGGAGUCAAAAGAAGAUCUAAGAUAUGUACAGAAGGAAGAUAUUGCUGAUCUGUUACCCGUCAUUCAGCUCCGAAAACUCAUGGAUGCGUUUAAACAAGAGACAGAGACCAUCACAUUGGAUCUGCAAGUUAUUCCACCCUCUUCACCACUGAGUACUACUUCAUCAGUUUCAGAGGCUUCAUCAGGCACUCCAAGUCAUUGUAGUUCAUCACAUCUGCCAUCCACCGAAAUAUUGUCAAGACAGACAAGAAACAGUGAUCCAAGCAACAGCUCCUCCACAUCUCAAACAAUCAAAACAUGGCCAGAAACCUUCCAGGUUCCAUGGGAAAAAAUGCCACAGGAAAUAAGAUCUGCAAUUGUGGAUCGCAAAAGACCGAAACCAAUGGAGCGACGCCAGAUGGUGCGAGUACUUGUUGAUGAAAUGAGGAGGUAUGAGGCCAACCCAACUCGCUCACAGUGUCUCUCUGUGAUUCGAAAUAUCAUCAGGCAGUACCCGAAGAGUUUUGCUGAUAUGGGGGCAGAUGGGUCACUUUUAGGUGGAGGUUAUACAUCACUUUUGAUUCAAGUGAAAAACCACAUCGAGAAUGUGAACCGUGAGGCAAACUUUACACGUCACAGAGCCUCUAGAAGCAGUUCCAAGAGGGGGCCAAGCGACAGUUAUGAUUGUACAAGAUUUCAGCCAGACCUCCCUCCAGAAGAAACUGACGAGACACUGGAACAGAGCUGCCAAAAACUGGUGGAGAUUUACAGUCAGGAAGGUGCAGGUGGAGCUGAAAGAGCAGAGGUCAAAAAUCGAAUGGAGCACACAUUCUGUCUACAACGCCGUGAUAUUAAUGCCCUUCCACCACCUGACGUUGAAGAUUUGCGAAGCAAAUGGCCCUUUCUUUUCACUCGAAAGUUCAUAUAUGCUCAUUUUGAGUUGCUUACAGACAUCACUGUGCUUCGUAGCUUGGAACUCAGUAUGGAGGAAUGUGGAACAGCCAUCACACAAUACUUCACACAAAAGCCUAUCAAUCAAGAUAUCAAGGAUGUCCUCUCUAAAAGUGAAGAUGAUGAGAUGGCACUUCGUGUUGUUCAGCUGCUCAUGGCACAUUUUGGAGAGAAACUAACAGGGCUGGUCCUUUUUACAGAUCAGGUUUUCUGA